AGUUUUCUAUAACUAUGGCUGGUAGGUACUUCAACAAGUUAAUAUGCUGUGAUGUUGAUAACAGAAUGAGGUGUUACUGACGAUUACACAACUAUUUAUAUUGCUCACGAGUUUAAAUUUGAUGUGCACGUUUUUGUUGUUCAUCAAUAAAAUUUCAUUCGUUAUAUAAAAUACUAUAUUUUAUAUAUUUAAUUAUAAUUAAUGCCUGACGUAAAAGAAAUCCAAGCGCAAACAUCUACACAGAAAUAUGGCCCAAAAGCGACGUUUGCACAAUUCUUGGCGACAGUAGCACAGAGUUUUCUAUUUAUCGGGUUGGGCAUGAACCUUUCGAUAUCAGCAAUAGUCAUUCGCGACUUGUAUCAAAACCCAAACAGUGAUUUUUCAAUAACGAUCACAGAGGCUUCGUGGUACGGAAGCUUGUUGUUCAUAAUCUAUCCGGUCGGGUGUUUAGCAUCAGGUAUCCUGCAAGAUAAAUUUGGAAAGAAACUCUGUAUGAUAUUCGCAAACGUUCCAAGUAUUAUAGGAUGGAUCCUGUUGUAUUCCGCACGCUCGUCGGUGUUACUGUGCGCGUCCACCUUAUUCAUGGGAUUUAGCACGGGAUUCGGCGCCGGAUCUACAUCAUCGUAUGUCGGGGAGAUAUCGGAACCAAGGCUCAGAGGAUCUCUGGGUUCACUGGGAAGUACGGCGAUGAGAAUGGGCACGUUAUUUAUGUACGUUCAAGGAUUGUUUUUAAAUUGGAGGACCACAGCGCUGUACAGCACGUUUUGCCCAAUUAUAUGUAUAUGCUUUAUCAUUUUCAUCCCAGAAUCUCCCAUUUGGUUGAUCGCCAAAGGGCGGAAUGAAAAGGCUGAAGAGGCCAUGUGUUGGUUAAGAGGAUGGGUAGAACCUGAAAAAAUUAAACCAGAAUUUCUCGAACUAAUGCAUUACAAUGAAGUAUCCGGAACACAGGGUGGCUGUAAAAUUGAUACCGACGAUAAGAAGUUAUUUUCAAAUUUAACCCAGUUCAAAAAUCCAGCGGUCUAUAGACCACUAAGAUUGAUAAUGAUUUUUUUCUUUGUAUCUUUUGUAGUCAGCAUUUUCCCUACCAGACCAUUUAUCACCAAAAUAAUGAAAGAAAUUGAUUUGUUCAAUAAUCAAAACGAAUCGUUGAUUCUCCUGACAGCUUUGACGAGUAUCGGGUCCAUUAUAGCGACUGCGAUUGUUCAUCGAGUUGGAAAAAGAUUAUUGACCCUAACGACAUUAACGAUAAACACGGUUUUAUUAUUUAUGCUUGGAGCAUACAUUAUUGCAGUCAAAGCCAGCUAUUUAACAUCGUCUCCUUUGAUCUCACUGACAUUGCUGUGCAGCAUUUAUUUCAUCGGCUCAUGUGGUGUUUCGUGCAUUCCCUGGAUGAUACUGAUUGAAAUUUUUCCCAACAAAAGCCGAGGAGUUGCUACAUCUACUUCCUCAGGAUUGGCCUAUAUAAUAUUAUUCAUAUUGACAAAAUCAUACUUAAUAAUUGAAAUGUAUUUAAGUCUGGAGUACACUAUGAUGCUCUUUGGUUGUGUUGGCGUUUUUGGGAUAAUCUAUUUCUAUUUUUAUUUACCGGAAACUGAAAAUAAAACAUUAUUAGAAAUUGAAGAAUUUUUUGUAUCGAAUAAGAAUGAUAUAUCACCAUCAAUGUCUCAUAAAAUUGACAUCAAUGGAGACAAUCCUACCAAAAACUAUGGCUCGAUGGCGACCUUAGCACAAGUGUUCGCCACCAUAGCACAGAGUUUUUUAUUAGUGGGAUUGGGCAUGGAAUUGACGAUGUCAACGAUCGUAAUCCAAGAUUUGUAUAAUAAUCCAAAAAGUGAAUUUUCGUUAACAACGUCUCAAGUAUCGUGGUACGGAAGUAUAUUAUUUGUGUUUCAUCCAACCGGGAGUUUUUUAUCGGGAUUCCUGCAAGAAAGAUUUGGAAGGAAACGAUGUAUGGUUGUAGCUAACAUUCCUAGUAUUUUCGGAUGGAUAAUGCUAUACUAUACACACUCCGUGGUUGCACUCUACGCCUCGACCGUGUUGAUGGGCUUGAGCAUAGGAUUCAGCGAAGCCCCAAUAUUGUCGUACGUUGGAGAAAUAACCGAACCUAGGCUCAGGGGAAUGAUGGCUUCGUUGGCGUCUGCAGCGGGCAUGCUAGGAAUGUUUUUGACUUACCUUUUAGGAUAUUUUUAUGAAUGGAGAACCGUUGCAUUGCUGAGUACACUUUGUCCGAUCACGUGCAUAUGCCUCGUCAUGUUGAUUCCGGAGUCUCCAAUAUGGUUGAUCGCCAACGGGAAAAACGAAAAGGCUAAAAAGGCUCUGUGUUGGUUACGAGGUUGGGUGAAUCCUGAAAUAAUCACAGCCGAACAUCUCGAGCUAGUUCGGUACAACGAAGUAUCUGGAACUCGAAUUGGCAAAGCCAACGUUGAAUUAGACAGUCUAUCUUCAAAAUUAGCCCAACUAAAAGAUCCGUCCGUUUACAGACCGUUAAGAUUAGUGAUGAUUGUUUUUUUCAUUUCUUAUAUAAUCUGCCUUUUACCUUGCAAACCGUAUUUUAGUCAAAUAAUGAAUCAAGUUGAUUUAUCAAAUGAUCAAAGUUUAUUAUUGGUUUUUUUCUCCAUUCUACAAAUCGCCGGAUGCAUAAUACUAGUUCUUUCUGUCAAUUACCUAGGAAAAAGAUUUUUGACUGUAAUGUCAGUUUCGAUAAACACUAUUUUGAUAAUUUUAUUUGGUCUAUACAUAGUGGCAUUAAAUAACAAUUACAUCAAAUCAACUCCUUGGUUUCCCACAUUAUUGUUAAGCGGAAUUUCCUUAUUCGGAACUUCUAUCAGUACUUUGCCUUGGAUGUUAAUUAGCGAAAUUUUUCCUAACAAAAGCCGAGGAGUCGCUGCUGGAUCAUGCGCAGCUUUAUCGUAUUUUCUUAUGUUCAUACUGACAAAAACGUAUUUAACAAUUGAAAUUAUGUUAACCUUGGAGUAUACUAUGCUUCUAUUUGGUGGUAUUGGAAUUUUUGGAUUAAUCUACUUAUAUAUAUAUUUGCCGGAAACUGAAAAUAAAACGUUAUUAGAAAUUGAAGAAUAUUUCAAAUAAAAUCUAUAUAAUACUGUAUACUUCAUUUGUUUUACGUGUUCUAACAUUAUAAUAUAUGUACCUACUUGUAAUUUAAAAUAAAUCUACAUAUAUGUAAUAUGUAUGUAUAAAUGUGUAAAGAAAGAUUAAAUUUUAUAUUUGUAAA